AGGAAACGUUGGCACGCAGCCAUGGGCCUGGCUCGUGCCUUGCUGAAUGGACGCCCAAUUGGCACACGUGCCUUGGCUGUGACUUUUCACCUCUAUGACACCGACAAGGACUGCGUCUUUCGUCUGGGCGAGAUCAUGUUGCUCAUCAAGGAGGUCUAUGCUGCCAUGAUUCAAGAUACCGGCCUGGCCGAAGGAGCAACGAUGGACUUGGCCCUGCAAUCUGCCAGCUCGCGCAUCCCUACGGAGCUUCUCUUUGAGAAGGCCUUGAUCUUCCGUAGGCAAUGCGAUCAGAGCAACGACGGACGCAUCUCGAAGGGUGAAUUUGCCGCCUUCGGACACCAAGCUUUGCUGGAAGCAGUGACCAUUUGAGCGGCGACGAGUGAGUUCACCAAAACCUUGGUGUCCAAAAAAAAAUAGAGGAUCCGUGGCUUGAAG